UCGGUAGCCGGCUUUUCAAAAGAAAAGCACUUAGUUGUGGUAUAGGAGAACAAUGGAAAAAUUAACGAAACGCAUAUUCGCAGCAUAUGCCCUGUUGGCUGUUUUGGCUAUGUGCUUUCAACAUGGGUCUACACUUUCGAUAGCUGAACUGAAGCCUGAAACACCAGUGGAGGCCGUUCGUCAGGCCAUAUCGCAGCAAAUAGCGAAAUACAUGAACUUAUCUGUGGAUCCUUGUGAGAACUUCUACGAAUACAGCUGCGGUAAUUUUGCCCAAUACAAUCCGGUCACUGCUGAAAAUCCUGCUGUUGGCAUUGGUGAAUUGCUGGCUAAAACCAUGGAGGCCCGCAUUACGCAGGAGCUGGAAAGCGAUGACGAAAGCGACUCAGAUGCCAUUAAGAACGUGAGGAAAUUUUAUCAAAGCUGUCUGGGAGUACAGACAGCGAAGCAGUUUUAUAUUGACAGCAUGUUGGAACAGAUUGAAGAGUUGGGAGACAUGCCCUUAUUGGAAGGGGAAUUUUGGAAUAGCGAAAACUUCGAUUGGAGGGAGACUGUCUACGAGAUGAUUCGUGAGUCAGGUUUGCCCAACAUUUUCGAAGUUCGAGUAAUGGCUAACUUUCACAACAAUUCGGAGAAUCGUAUUUUUGUUGGCCAGCCCGUGUUGGUGGACAGAGAUGAGAUAUUGGCCCGUGAUCGAGACAAUUACGUAGAGGCAAUUAGUUCAUGGUUUCAGGCGUAUUUGCAAGUCGAAGACGAGGAACUGGCUCUUGAAACUGCAAAAGAAGUUUUUGAUUUCGACAUAGCCUUGGCUCAAGGUAUGUUGGAUGAGCGUGGAGGAGCUCAACGCUUCGAUGCCUAUUUCCCGGCAGACAGUUACCUAACGGAGGGCGAUGAGAUCCACGAACUGGUCAAGGAUGUUAUGGGUGAACCCAUAAGCCUUGACAUGAUUAUGGUGCAAAGGGAUUAUGUGGACCAUACCAGAGAUCUGCUGAGAAAAACCCCCAACGAAACUAUAGCGAAUUAUGUCUAUUACACUUAUCUCUAUGAAUAUUUCUUUCAAACCCAAGGCGAAGAAGAUCACCAAGUCCAGGAAUACUGCGUGGCUCAGACCCGAAAGUAUUUCUACAAGCUUUUGGAUAAUUUGAUUUAUCGUAAAUAUUUUACCCACGAUGCGGAAAAUAUGCUGUACGAUAUGUGGCGUCAAUUUAAACUCGCCUUUCGCAAUAUUUUGAUAUCUCCUCGAUUGGAUUGGAUUCAAGGCGAAACCAAACGAAAUGCCAUUGAAAAGUUGAAGUACAUGAAAUUGAAAAUUCUUUCCUAUGAAGAUCAGCCAGAGAUUGCCACCGAAAUUGGCCAACUUGAAUUAAGUGACUCGCACUAUACGGCAAACAUCCAUAAAAUAUUAUUGGCCUAUGGCGAAAAGGCUAGAGACUUGUGGCAUAAACCGCCUCGAGGUGUGGAAAUUGGAGUAGAGGCCAGCAACACAGCCACCUACGAUCCGUUCAUGAAUGUCGUUCAGGUUCCCAUUGGCUUCAUGCAACCCUUUUACACCUGGUCCAGCUCGUAUCCCGCAGCCUACAAUUUUGGUUUUCUUGGCUAUUUCAUAGCUCACGAAAUUGUCCAUGGUUUCGAUGAUACAGGCCGUCACUAUGAUGCUCAUGGCAAUGCUCGACCUUGGUGGGAUGAUGAAACCGAUCGCCAGUUCCGUCAACGCACUCCAUGUUUUGUUAAUCAAUUUCAGAAUUUAAUGUACGAGGGACAACAUUUGGCCAAAAUGGAAUCGCAAGCGGAAAACAUUGCCGAUGCCAGUGGCAUACGUUUGGCCUUUGAGGCCUAUAUGAAUUGGUAUCACAAAGGCACGCUUAAGGGUCAUUCCAUGGCCAAGGAGUCUUUGCCGAAUUUUAGCCAAUUCACACACAAGCAAUUGUUCUUCAUAAGCUAUGGUCAGGUGUGGUGCUCCAACUAUGAUCCCUCUGUGGUGGCCAUGCAGCUUGCCGACACCCAUACGCCCAAUAAGCUGAGAGACAUCGGUCCCCUGGCUGAUUACGAUGAGUUUGCUAUAGCUUUCAAUUGUCCUGUGGGCACUUUCAUGAAUCCGCAGGAAAAGUGCAUUAUAUAUUAAAAAGGAA